AUGUACACUAAGACUCUCGCCGUUGCCCUUGCUCUUACCUCCGUCAUCUCCGCCGGACCGCUCAACCGCCGCCAGGACCCGUGCCAGGACACAUACAAGUCUUGCGUCGCCUCAGGAGUUCCCCAGGUCGCAUGUGCUUGUGAUCUCCAGUCUUGCCUCGGCGAGGACAACGCUCGUGGCCGUGAGUAUUGCGCGUCUGCCACUGCGACCAUUGUCCGUUCGUCCACAGUCGCUACACCAUCAGCUACAUCAUGCGACCCCGAGCCUACUUCCACACAGGCGACCCCUGUUGCUACUAGCAUUCCUGGUGGCUGCAACCCGGCUCAUCCUGGCUCUUGCCCUUCAUCCUACUUCUCGACGGCUGUUGCUACACCUGUUGCAACAUCGAUCCCCGGAGGCUGCAACCCGGCUCAUCCUGGCUCUUGCCCUUCAUCCUACUUCUCGACGGCUGUUGCUACACCUGUUGCAACAUCGAUCCCCGGAGGCUGCAACCCGGCUCACCCGGGCUCUUGCCCCACACCCUCCGCUGUCCCAGUUUCCAGUGGUUCCAACCCAGUAAAGUCUGACAAGACAUGGGCUGUUAACAAUCUGAGCCGCUACUGCGGUGAAGACAACUCUGGUUGCGACUACAACUUCGUCAUCGAGGCCGACGGCAAGACCGAGCGCUGCACCGUCAUCCGCAUGCCCGGUAAGGACGCUGCCACCGAGUCCUGGUCCAACCAGCCCUGCACAUCUGGCUCUCCUUACACCGUCUCUUGGGGAUACACUGCGCAGCCUGCCCCCGCUUUCGCUGUCAUGACCGUUGUUAACGGCAAGGAGCUGGCUUGGUUCGGCGUCUCAGACAUCAACGGCCAGAAGGUCACCCCCUCCAACCCCUUCGGCUCCGGCCAGUACGCCAACCUCACUGCUCCCGUCUUCACCUACAACUAA